AUGCCGACCCAAAUCGACCACGACCAACAGCCCGCUGCUGCCCAGUCAAGGAGCCGGAAGCAGCAUACCCGUAGCCGUACAGGAUGUCUUACCUGCAGGAAGCGCCACAGGCGAUGCGACGAGCGUCGGCCCGUCUGCGAGAACUGUGACACUGCAGAUAGGCAGUGCGAGUAUCCCCUGCCCAACCUUCCUCUUCGGGAGCGUAGAAAGACGAACCUGCCCGGGGAGCAGGAGCCUUGGGCUCCGGCAGCCGGGUUGGCGGUGGUACCCUUGCCCCGCCCGUCCCGGCCUGUUGGGCCGUGUUUAUCCCAACAGCCGAUCUAUAUGCCGUUCAGGUCGAAUGAGCUCUUUAGUUACUUCUAUCAACUCGAGGACCCUGUCGACAUCACCCCUCGAGAUAAACGCCAAGGCUUACUGAAAUCUGUUAUGCAAAGCCCUGAUGCACUCCGCAACACAAUGCUCAUUGCUGGCCUCCACUACGGGUGGAAGGCUGGUCGCCUGCAGAUAUUCGAGUCCACCCUGCUGUUCCACAAGAUCGAGACUAUGCGAUUGGUCAAUUGGCUUCUUGUGCAAUCAGAACCGACAGCGUACUAUUUGUGUAUUAGACACAUUGCUACUUUGUGUUUGACCGAGUGCGCCUUUGGCAACGUUUUGGUAGCAGAAACUCAUCUCAACGGCCUCAUGAGAUACAUGGACUUUCACAAGCCCCCAGACUCACCAUAUGCAGAUGAUGAAAGCGUGGAAGAGGAACUAGCAAACCGAUACGUGAUUCUCACAUACAACUUCAUUUACGGAUUCAAGAGCCGCCUCCGAGAUAUUCUACACGAGGAUGAUCGCGUGCCUCCAGACACGAAGCCCGAUCCUAAGAGACCUGACCCCGAGACUGUCCAGGAACUCAUGCAUUCGUGGCACAAGGACGAGUUCCGAGGUCUGGAUAUUAGGCUCAAGGCCAUGAAGAUGGUUCCAUAUUUCUUUAACCAGCUACCACCAGAUACCAAGCUUUGGGAUAUCGAUGGUACGCCAAUGUUGGAAUGCUUGACAAGAAUUACUGAAACGUCGGGUUUCAAACGUAAUUCGGCUCGGGAAGCUAUUCAGCAGAAUAUGUGGCUUGAAGGUGCUGUCACCAGGCUUUUGCUAGCCUUGGUCGGAUGCCACAUUGAGUCACUAUCUGGGAAUGCAACUGGAGGUUGGAACAAAAAGAAAGGGCCACCACUGGUCACCUCAUGGUCAGGCAUGUGUUCUGCCUCUGGCCUUUACCUCCAUGCCGUUCUCGGCGUCUGGAACGCAGGUGAACUCAUCGAAUCGCGAAUGCAUCGACGAGUUCUCUAUCUCGUUAAGCAAGAUUUGGAACGCUACCGACCACAGAAGAGGGAUCGCAGGGCUUCAGAUCUCUGGCUAUGGAAGGCUUACGUGUGUGCAUUCAGUCUGGCAAGACACUUGCAACUCGACGACAACCAAGAUCUCUUGAUCCCGCUGCAAAGAAUUUUUGCUGAGUUAAUUGCGGAGUGGAGUUACAUGACAGAGGUCACGGAUUGGACAGAGGCAAGGAAUGCGUUAUCCAGGAUUGUAUGGCCCGAGUCCUUUUACUUGGAGGAUAUGUGUCGGUCGCUUUGGUAUGGGAGUGUUUCCUCCGGGAGUGUUUUCUCAGGGAGUGUUUUCUCAGAGAGUGCUUCCCCAGUGAGUGUUUCCCCAGUUUGA